CAAAUAACACGAUAACUACCUACCUACCCUAUUUUACGAAUAUGCUAGAUACUCAACAGAUGAGUAAAAGUAAUGUAAAAAUUAUCCGAAACUGAUGAAUUUUUACAUUUGAAAUACAUCUUCAGUUCUGUCACACGCAGGUGUAAUAUUAGGUAUAGGUAUAAGUUAUUACUCGAAUAUAAGCCAUGGAUGAAUUGUCGAGCUUAAAAAUAAACUCGCGGUAUUCUUUGCAGAGCACUCAAAAAACGCUAUGACGUAUUGAAUAACUAUUAUACGUAGGUAUAAUGUAGCGUAUACCACGUAGUAUGUAAUGUACAUAGUUAGUAUAGUUCUUUUCUCACCUGAUGUGGCUCUCUAUACAGUUCAAUUGUCAUACGAUUAAAGUGCGCGCUUCCCUUUAUCAGAGUUAUUUGCAUAUCUGCAAGUGUCACUGAUUAGAUACUUCUCUCUUUUUUAAAAUGAGUAAUUAAUUUUUUAGCAGCGUUCAUAAGUUUUCGAGCACUCCUACCCUACCGUCGUCGUUUGCACGCUUUUUAACGCUUACAUAUACCUACAUAUGUUUCCAGGUGUAAGCUAUACCUUCAAUACCGUUCAUUAUACUGAAUCAGGUUCGAGAAACAGCAACAUGGUUCAAUCAUAUCUAGACGAUACAACUUUACGACUGAUGGGGAUGUUGAUGACAAUCAGUUUAGGAAUAUUCACAAUCUUAUUUCUAUACGUGUUGUACAAUAUGACAGUGAAUGUUGCCGGCACCACGAUCGCAAUGUUAUUUUUCAUCUCAUUGGCUUUUUUUAUUGUCUUAAUGAAAACCUUCAAACUACUGGGGAAGUUCAUAUCACAUUCACAACAGAUUUCAGAACACGAAUCACAAUCAGGAAUUCCGACUAUUAGCGAAAUAAUCAGCCAUCCUCGAGCAAGACAUGACUCAGCACCUCCACCUUACGAAGAGGCGAUAAAGAAUUUCAAUAGUCCAAUACAGACGCAGAGCAACACUCCUGACGUACCAUUUACGACCACUUUAUCCUCACCAGUGCCACAUCAACAAAACACAGUUGUGAAUUAUUCCAGGUGUACUGUCUCGAUGCAAAUACCCGCUGAAUAAUUUUAAAUAACAUCAUCUCAUUCAGUACCACAUAUGUAUGAAUAAUCGGUGACAAUUGAAAAGGAUCUCCAAGUAAAGGGCUGUCAGUAUAAUGUUGAAUUCUGGUAGCCUGAUACGUUACCAAUCUCGAGCCCCCGAAGAGUACAAUUUUGAUAUUGUUGAGUCAUGUGUUUAUAAUCAGGUUGCGUCAGAUGUUUAACAAAGGCUCGUUUUUUUUUUUUGUCUUUGAUUAACAACCUGUAAUCGAGAUUUUCUUGCGGACGAAAUGAGGAUUCCGGAAAAAUAAUAGGUAUGCGAAUAAUGCAAAUUGCGAUGCAAAGUUGAUGGUAUUGAUAUGACUGUAUCACAAUCAUUGAGUAUUUUUGGAGAAUUGUUACUUAGCUGGCUACCAAGAUUUUGUCCGCGUAAUAUUUUACUUGAAUAUUAUUAUUUUUAUGGCUAAAGUGAAAAUGUGAUAUCUAAUUUUAAGUAUAGGUUAUAGCUUCUCGUUGACUCGAUACCAGGUUGUUGAAAUAGCAUUAAAUAGUUACCUAGCAA